GCCGGCGACGACGAGGAGAUGCCUCAGCACAAUGCCAACGACGACGAGCUCGAAUACAUAGACCUCAGUCUCCCCUCGCCCAACCAGCUGCAGCAUCCAACUUCCUCCACUCAUUCGCAUCCUCGAAUGCGCCUCGUCGAUCUCACGGUCGACAUCCCUUCCAGCGAGCGGCGGGUCCCUCAGGAAAAGCUCGCGCCACCGCGAUGGAGGACGAAGGAGUUCCUGCUUUACUAUGCUGUCGCCCUAUUUGUGCUGCCGUUGAUGGCGUACAUACCAAUGCGCCUGAGCCAUCCCUGGCAUCGCAACUAUGUGUUGUACGAGCACAGGCUGACAAAUGGGUGGAUAGCCGGGCGUAAGAUCGACAACAGCGACGCGCAAUACCGAUCGUUCCGGGAUAAUGUGCCCCACUUGACUGCCGCCACCCUCUUGUUCGCUGUCCUCAAGGUAGCAUGGACGCGAAUAGCACCGCGACGGGGCGAGGGGGACAUGUUCCUCAUCCCCUUCCGCUUGAUGCUUUCCCUCAUCAUGGUGUUCGUACUGCACGGCACCAGCACAUUCAAGAUCCUCCUGAUCCUCUCCUCCAACUACUACCUUGCGAAGACGUGCAGAGGGUCCCGCUUAGGACCAGUUCUAACCUGGAUCUUCAAUCUCGCCGUCCUCUUCCUCAACGACUACUAUAACGGGUACCGCUACGGCGAGAUCCUCCCUUCCCUACACAUACUGGACUCGUACGACGGUCUCUACCCCCGCUGGCACAUCAGCUACAACAUUACCAUGCUCCGCAUCAUCUCGUACAACAUGGACCUCCACUGGGCAUCCACAGGCGCCGAGUCCCAGCAGGUUGACAGGUCGUCGCCGCUCGAUGACAGGCAGCGCACGCGAGUCUCGCAUCCGCGUGAGAUGUAUGGGUUCGUGAACUACCUCACGUACAUCCUGUACGCGCCGCUGUAUAUCGCGGGCCCGAUCAUGACGUUCAACGACUUCAUGUGGCAGCAUCGCACACCGAUACCACCCUCACGGCGCGCGCUCUUGAACUACAUCUUCCGCUGGGUUGCCUGCAUGCUCACCAUGGAAGUCAUUCUGCACUGCAUGUACGUUGUAGCGAUUAAGGACGCGCGAGCAUGGCCAGGCGACACACCAGCUGAGAUCGCCAUGAUCGGGUUCUGGAACCUCAUCAUCGUCUGGCUAAAGCUGCUCCUCCCCUGGCGCUUCUUCCGCCUAUGGGCGCUUGUCGAUGGUAUCGACCCGCCGGAAAACAUGGUGCGGUGCAUGGCGAACAACUACUCGACCUUCGGGUUCUGGCGCAGCUGGCAUCGCAGCUAUAACCUUUGGAUCGUACGGUACAUCUACAUUCCCCUCGGCGGCUCUAAGCGGGUACUCCUCAACAGCCUCCUCGUCUUCUCCUUCGUGGCGCUCUGGCAUGACCUGACAUUCCGCUUGCUCGCAUGGGGUUGGCUUGUUACCCUCUUCGUCGUCCCGGAAAUCAUAGGGCGCAAGCUCUUGCCAGAAAGUCGGUUCGGCGACCGCCCAUGGUACCGCCACGUCUGCGCCUUCGGCGGCGUGCUCAACGUCCUCAUGAUGAUGACCGCGAACCUCGUCGGCUUUGUCAUCGGCAUCGACGGCGUGAAGUACUUCCUCCACCAGCUCGUCGGCUCGCCGGAAGGGCUGAGAUUCCUUGCCGCCGUGUUCGCGUGCUUGUUCGUGGGGGUGCAGCUCAUGUUUGAGUAUAGAGAAGAGGAGCUACGCCAGGGUAUAGUGCGAAAAUGCUGAUUGGCCGCCUCGGGGUGGGCGCGUCACUGACAGCUUGGAUCAUCAAAAAUACAAACUAGUGGAUAAAAUAUUGGUACCGUUGUAAUGGAUCUUCUGUCUGUCGUAUAUCAUUCUCCUUACACCUCAA